UGUGAGGGAGUCGAGAGCCAUUUUUUUUUUUUUUUCUCGAGCCAAAUAUCUGACGUGGAGAUAUUCAUUUGGGUUCACUUUUUAAACCCUUGGUCCCCCGUCUACAUAUCAACAUUAAAAAUCUUAUCUUUCUUCUUCUAUUUACUUGAUUGACCGCCACCAUAUGGCCACUUACCCCGCCGUCAAUGUCGCCGCCGUGGACUGUCAAAAACAAGUCCAUUCAUGGCCACUCUGCCGAUCUCUCAUCGAAUUCCUCAUCCCCACUUGUAAUUGUGCCUUCGCUGAAGAAGAGCCAACGUAUUCCUCAAAGCCCUUAUUUCCCUCUCCCGCCACCGCCGCUAAUUCCGUCACUGGCAAAAUAUUCUGUUACCGGAGGAGAAAAGUCAACUUCUGUAUCCAAACCGCGAUUCUCGCUAGAUUAGCGUACAGAAUGUACUUCAACGGUAUGGAAGUUGGGUACACAUUAAGGUGGCAGGCUUCGGCGACGGACGUGGGGACGCUGCGGCGGAUGGGGACGGUGGUGGAAGGCGGCGGAAUCAUCGGCGGCGAUGGUGAAGAGCUCUUUGUUCCUCUUUGUUCUAAUCCUUUUGAGCUUGUGGUUUUUUGGGCAGCUUUUGGUGUUACAGUGGCCCUAUCUAUGUCACCACCACCUUCAAUUUGUCGUUUGGAUGAACAUUAUAUAAAUUAUAUGUCUGUUUGUGACGUGGAUGGAAAUCUUUUAGGCUGCCAAAAGAAGCCACGUGGGAAAAUUUAA